AUGAAAGUUCUGUCUCGUCUCCCUCUUUUAUUGGGGUGCUGGACUCUCUUGUAUUUGGACUUCAUUCCAAAGGCGCUCUCGGUACCCGGAACGGCGCAGCGCGCCAUGGAGAACAAGCGGGCCAGUCACACCGAAAGCAGAGGAGACGGAGCUCGCCCGGGGACUGGAAGUUCUUCAAGGAUAAUGUUGUGGAAUAAAAGCGCAUCAGGUGGACAUCUCUAUAACGGAGCACGGAUUUCACGAAUCAGGACAGGGCCCCCACAGAUAAAGGGCGAAUCCAGCAGAGUGAGACCUGUCGCAUCAGUGGCAAACGCACAGACCAGCCGCGCAGGGGGAUCUGUCAGUUUAGGACGGAAAGAAGCCGCGCGCUCUUGGGUACCUGCAUCCUCUGCCGCAUCAUUCAGUGCCUACACGGGGAAGAACCCGGCUCUAAAAAAUAAGGGUAAACCGGUCGUAAAGGCGGCAGCCGAGCCGGCCGCCCUACAAGCAGGAAAGCCCAGACAAGCCGCGCAGAGUGGUGUGACACCAGCAGCACAGCGGAACGGCAAAGUCAUUAGCAAACUGGGAGAGAGAGACUCCUCCAAGCAUCCUUUGGUGACUCCCCAUGAUUACAUGCUGUCGCUGUACUGGUCUCUUUCAACUGGGGAGGUGAACACCAGCAUUCUCCACGAGGCUGGCAUGGCCAAUACUAUCACCAGCUUUGUGGAUAAAGGGCAAGAUGAGCGUCUUCCUCACCUGAGGCGACAGAGGUACCACUUCAACAUCAGCUCUCUGGAGAAAGAGGGUUUGUUGGGUGCCGAGCUGCACGUCCUAAGAAAGAGGUCGACGGAUCCUCGUAAAGCCCACUCCGGUGAUGGUUCUACCCUCCUGAAGCUCUACACUUGUGCCACAGGUAAACAGAGGGCUGUGUUACUGCUGUCCCGCCAACUGGAGGAUCACGGUGUGCCUAAAUGGGAGGUGUUUGACAUUUGGAAAUUAUUCAAGAACUUCAGGAACACUGCACAGCUGUGCUUUGAACUGGAGGCCAUAGAACGAGGGCGACCUGUGGACCUGAGGGCGCUGGGACUGGGACGGAUGGGAAGACACACUAAAGAGAAAGCCUUUUUCGUAGUGUUUGGCCGCACGAAAAAACGGGGGCUGUUCUAUAACGAGAUCAAGGCUCGGUCGGGCCACGACAACAAGACAGUGUACGAGUACCUAUUCACACAGCGGCGCAUGCGGCGCGCUCCGGUCGCCCGCGGAAAGAAGCCCGUCAAGGCACCCAAGCCACGGUGCAAUCGGAAACAGCUGCACGUCAACUUCAAGGAGAUGGGCUGGGACGACUGGAUCAUCGCUCCUCUGGAGUACGAGGCCUUCCACUGCGACGGCGUCUGCGAUUUUCCCAUCCGUUCCCACCUGGAGCCCACCAACCACGCAAUCAUCCAGACUCUGAUGAACUCCAUGGAUCCCAGGUCGACCCCGCCGACCUGCUGUGUGCCCACCCGCCUGAGUCCCAUCAGCAUCCUGUACAUUGAUGCAGCCAAUAAUGUUGUCUAUAAGCAAUACGAGGACAUGGUGGUGGAAAGCUGUGGUUGCAGGUAG